AUGGCCAAAGACAAGAAGGUCAAGGCCGACAAGGUCACCAAGUCGACCCCUGCCACUACCCAGCUGCCUUCCCAGCUCCUCGACCUUGUAGAGAAGUUUCUCUCUGAGCAUGAUUUCACCGAGGCCCACACCGAAUUCACCAAAGCUCGCAAGGCCAAGGGUUUGAAGAAGGCCAAGGGAGAGGCAACCGACAGCACUCUGGAGUCUGUCUUCCAGGCUUGGGAGACUUCCAAGGCCAAGGCUUCUAGUGACGACGAUUCCAGCAGCAGCAACGAGUCCGAUUCCUCUUCCAGCAGCGACAGUGAUUCGGACUCGGAGUCGGACUCCGAGAGCGACAGUGAUGAUGUCGAGAUGGCCGACGCCCCGGCCGACUCUGAGAGCUCUGACUCUAGCAGUAGCUCUGAGAGCUCCGACAGUGACAGCUCCGACAGUGAAAGUGAGAGCGAAAGUGAGGAGGAGAAGAAGCCUGCCGCUUCCAAUCCUUUGAAGCGCAAGGCCACGUCCGAGAGCAGCGACUCGUCGUCUGAGGAUUCCUCCGGCUCUGAUUCCGAGAAGGAGAAGCCAGCUGCCAAGAAGCAGAAGACUGCCGCCGCUAAGGCCGAGUCAUCCUCCUCUGAGUCUUCAUCCGACUCUUCUUCGGAUUCUUCUUCGAGCUCCGAUAGCAGCUCUUCUGAUUCUUCUUCCGAUUCCGACUCAUCGUCCUCCGACUCUUCUUCAGACUCCGACUCGUCCGAUUCUGAUUCAUCUGACUCCGACUCUUCCGAUUCCGAAGACGUAGCCGAGGAGGCUGCUAAGGUCCCCCUCCCCGACUCCAGCGACGAUUCAUCAUCCGAUUCCUCCUCCGAUAGUGACUCGGACAGCGACUCCGACGACAAGAGCAAGACUAAGACAAAGAAGUCCACCAAGACCAAGGCGAACAGUGACACCUCCGCGAGCGGUUCCUCCAAUAGCUCUGCAACCCUCAACGGGAGCACCUCGCCUAAGGUUUUCCCCGUCAGCACCUUCGCCCCUCUUCCUCCCGACCCGUUUGUGAAGACCAACAACCGCGGCAAGGGCGCUGCAGUAAAAGAGGAGAAGGUUCCCUUUUCCCGUGUCAACCGGAACAUCAAGGUUGACCCUAAGUUUGCCGACAACUCGUUUGCGGGUGAGGACUGGGGAAGAAAGGCGCACGAGGACCUCAUUGUCACGAGGGGCAAGGGCUUUACAAAGGAGAAGAACAAGAAGAAGAAGGGCAGCUACAGGGGUGGCAGGAUCGACACUGGCCUGCAAUUGGGCAUCAAGUUCGACGAUGACGGAAACUAA